AUGCCGGCGUCAGUGCGGCCGGGGAGGGGAAGGAAACAGGCUUUAACUGUGCUGCUGUCCCCGCAGCUAGAGCUAUUCUGUGUCGCCCCUGACGCCACCGUACACUCCGCCUUCCAGCGCGCUCCCGCGCGCGCCCGCCCAGCCACCGCCAGCCCCCACGCGCCCGAGCUGCCCCUGAGGCUCCGGCUUAGGCGCGAGGACGCGCCCAUUCCCCCCUCCCUCUUAAGCAGAAGAGGCCCCGGCUUCUCUAGCCUUCCCACCCCUACCCCACCCAACAAGCUGGUCCCUGAAGCCACCGAAGGCCUGCAUUUCCCCUUACCCGGCCGGCCAGUGGGCCAGCCUCCCUUCCCUUCCCCUAGCCGUCCACACCCACGCGUACAGAGGGGCCGGGGCCUCCCUCACGCUGCGGCCUCGGCCUCCUCCCCGCGCGGCAGCUGGUGCCUCCCCGGCCCUACGGGGCUCACGCGCACGACACAGCCACAAGAUGUCCGCUCUGACGGAACUACUGCCAGCUGCCACGCUCCGCCCCUCCCCCCUCCUCCUGCCUCUUCACCGCCGCGUAUCAGUCCGCCAACGCCGCCGUCGCGAGCACAGGACGAAUCUAAGGCUGAAGGCGGACAGUUUGCUCCCCACGUCAAGGGCCGAGCGUAUCUGUGCCAACCCCUUUCUCCUUUUCGGAACAGCACCUUCUUAUUAAACAGAUCGGAGGUUGGACUUGGAGGGCGGGGGCCGGAGGCGGGUCAUGGGCUGGGGGGGAAGGGUAGACGACCGGCGGAAACCCUCAGACUCAGAGAAGCAUCGAGAACCGGAAGGAGACCAUGGCAGGAAGUCCCUAGAGCCAGAAAGUUACAAAACUCAUUCAAGAAAUCAGAGUUUGGAGUCCGAGAAACUGAAUACUUACUGAAAGUAUCUGAAAUAUCCAGGGGGAGAAAUUCUAAUGUGGUAGAUACAAAGGAUUUGGCAAUUGGAGUGAGAGAAGAAAUCCAGCCAAGGUACAAGGCAGGAAAUAUUCCUACCUACUCAGUGGGGAUGCAUGAUAUCCAAGAGGUCCAUGAAGAAAAGUCCCAGAGAAGCUAAUUUGUACUACCCUAAUCUAAACAAACUUUGGUAUGAAAAUAUAAUGGACCAUGUUAGUGUUCUAAAUUAACAGAGCACAGAAGACUGGGAUGAAUUUGAAGUCAGCUUUCUUAACUUUUUUGAGCCACAAACUACUUUAGCGGUCUGGUGAAACCAUGGACUCUUCUUACAUUUAUGCUUUUAAAUGUAUAAAACAGAAUUCAUAGCAUUACAAAAUAAAACAACUUGAAACAGAAUCUCAGAAUAUUAAAGUAAAACAAACUUUUAUUUA